CUGACCGCAGAGGGAGAUUAGCGGUAAGAUCUUAAUGCUCCUCAGUGCUGUCCCGUCUCCCCCCGAAUCGCCUCAUUUACAGUAGGCUACUGAUCCGUCCCACCGCUGCACCAUGAAGACUCUCCUGGCCUGGCUGCUGCUCGCUGCCCUGGCUGUUCACAGCGAGGCGUUGAAGUGCUACACGUGCGUGGCGUCCAACGAGGACGAAUGCAACCGACAGGGCUCCUCCGACUGCCCGCAGUACGCAGACGCCUGCUCCACCAUCACAGGACCCAACACCGUCAUGAAGUCCUGCUCCUAUAAGCCCUUCUGCGACAAGGCAAACAACGGAAACUCGGGAGCCAAGAUGGAGUGCUGCUUCUCCGACGACUGCAAUGGACCUCACAAGGGCCGCAGCCACGGCGGCCACCCCAGCGCCACGGGGGCCCUGGUGUCCUGCCCCGCCCUGCUGCUGGGGGCCCUGACGGUCCGGCUGAUUGUCGGCUAGGUCUGGCUAGCGUGCCCUCCCAGCCAGGCGCAGGCCUGUGUGCUGCAGGCCUCUUAUGUGCUAAUGUGGUAAGACUAAGACCAUUCAAAUGGCCUGCAAGUGGAACAGCCCCAGUAUUAAGGGGAACAUCCAGAGGGGCGUUGCCAUUGAGUGCAGCAUCAUGGCUGGUUAGUCAUUAGAGAUAAUUCCUGCUACGUAAUUCUAUUUUUAAUAAUGUAGGAUGAAAUUAUUUUUGAUGUGGCAUGAGUUCUAAACAUAUGCUCAUUGGUCUUUAUUCUGGACUGCAUUUAACCUCAAAAAUCAAGUUUAGUUAUAUUUUCACUUUAAUUUAUACCAUUAUCAAAUCCAGCCCCUAUUAGAGGGGUAGACAUUUAAGAGUGGCCAAUAAUAAUGAUCAUUUCAGAAGAAUAUGAAGAGUAUGUGAAUUUCCAGAAUGAAUAAUAAGUGAGUGACAGAACAAGACUGGGAGUUUGCAGUUUACAUAUGUUAAUUUAACCCCAGGGUGCACAAUAUUCUUUUAAGUUAGUUCUAUGUUCAUAGAUGUUGUAAUGUUUAAUUUAAUAUUUAUAUUCACAACGAGAGUAGGUGGUUCUAUGCAUUUUAAAGGUCAUAAGCUUUUAACAGGCACUGCAAAGAGCAAAUUUGAUUGUUUUCAGAAUCUAAAUAGUAUUGUGCAAUUACAUUUCAACCAGAGAAAUGUAUUUGGUUGCAUUUAGGCAAAUUGUAUGUACGGCUGCACAAUUUUGUCAUAGCUGUUAUUGUGCUUCUGGGCUAAUUGCUAAAUAAAAUUAGCUUUAUUUGCACCCAAAUAA